CCGCGGCCGCAUCUCCCUCCUGGAAUCAGCCGGUGUUAGGCGAGCAGCGGACUGCGGCGGGCGAUCUGAUCGGGAAUGGAGAAAUACGAUUCUGAGAGAGAAAAAUACUAUUUCGAGAAGGAGAAAUCGGAGCGGGGUUCCCGGGGUCGCCAUCGACGGCUGGGGGAACGUCUCCCGUCGGCGGGAGCUCCCGCGGACUGCGGACCCAGCCGGGCGCUGCUGCUGCUGCUGCUCACGCUGCUGGCGCUGCCCGCGGCCGGGACCCCGAUGGUUGGCAUAGAGGUGCCUACCCAAGUGGACGGCUUCUUGGAUGAGUCUGUGAACCUGAGCUGCCAGCUACAGACUCUUCCUGGUGUCAGCAUCCAGAUGAGCCAGAUCACAUGGAUGAAGCAGGGUGAGGAGAGGAGCCUGGCCGUCUUCCAUCCCACCAGGGGGCCCCACUACCAGGAUCCCGGCAGGAUGAAGUUCCUGGCUGUAGGGCAGGGCACAAAGCUGCCAGAUGCCUCUCUGGAACUGUCUGCGUUGCAAAUUGAUGACGAAGCUAAUUAUACAUGCCACUAUGCGACCUACCCAACGGGCAGCAGCAAGGGGACCACUUGGCUGCGGGUGCUGGCCCAGCCCCAGAGCAGCGCCGUCGCCCUGAAUGCUGUGCAACCCCCGACCGCCCUCUCUGUGCCCGCGCCCGUGGCGCACUGCGAGGCCGCCGACGGACACCCGCCCGCGCGCCUCUCCUGGUCCGCUCACCUGCCCGGAGUCGCCAACACCACGCAGGGGCCCGGAUCGCGGCCCGGCACCGUCUCCGUCGUCAGCGUCUUCUCCGCGGUGCCCUCCAGACAGGCGCACGGCCAGGUCGUCACCUGCGUGGUGCAGCACCAGACCUGGGCGGAGCCGCUGCGGCUGCCCGUCCAUCUGUCCGUGCUCUACCCCCCUGAGGUCUCCAUCGUUGGCUAUGACCACAAUUGGUAUGUCGGUCGCCGUGAUGUCACCCUGAGCUGCGACAUCCAGAGCAAUCCAGUGCACACUCACUUCAACUGGACCACGACCUUGGGAACCCUGCCCAGCUCUGCUCAGGUCCAGGGCACCCUGCUCCGGAUCGCCAUGGUGGACGAGGCCAUCAACACAACUUUCAUCUGCAACGCCACCAACGCCAUGGGGACCGGCCAGGGAGAAGUGACCAUUGUCCUCACAGAGAGACCCCUGGCCUCCAUCUCACCUGGAGCCAUAGUUGGUGUCGUGUUGGUGGUACUCGGGGUAAUUGUGGGCAUAGUGCUGAUCUUCGUGUGUCGUCACCUUCACGGUCGGAACCAGUUGAACAGCUCUACCAAUGGGAACGUUGUGUAUUCAUCUGUACGCAAGGAGGACGUCCCUCUGAAAGACACAGCAGCCAGCAAUGGGGACUGCAUCACCAGCCCCGACUCCCACCAUGUGGAUUGAAUGCACAGACAGAGGGCUGGCUGCCUCUCCUUCUCUACAGCACAUGACCCGUCCACAGCCUGCAGCUACUCAGAAGACUGACAACCAGGGAAACCAAAGGUUCAAAACCAGCCCUCAAGUCUCCAUCUCCAGUUAAUUAGCAAAAAGAGCAUGGAGGCAUGGCACAAGUUGCCUAGCACCAGCUGAGCCAACGGAAGACCUUGGGCUCAACCUUGAGAUCCCUCCAGAGCCCACACUAGUCAGAUAUGCCCUCAGCCACUUCUGCCAUUUGCAAGAAAGACUGGAGAGCUCUGAAGACACCUAGGGCAUUUCUGAGGGGACCAGGCUGAGGUCUCCACUGCUUUUCCCAGAGGACUGGUGAGGACAGUGCUCAGUCUCCUCUGUUGAGUUAAUGACCAGCUGAGUGUGGUAGCACACACCUGUAAUCCCAUCUACUGAGGAGGCACCAUCCCAAGCUGGCCUGGGACCACCUUUAGGCCAGGAGCCUCCACCUCAGAACAGCAAAGUAAAUUUUUGUUUAUUUAUUUGUUGUAGGUCUGGGGGAGGAGUGUUAAACUGGGCCUGAGGGCUG